AUGGAUCAAAUACAAACAUCAACAGAUGGAGAUUUUUCUCCAAGAUACAGUUCAGAUCAUCAGAAGAGAUCGGAUUCAGAGUUCAGCUGUGUGUCUAUGAAGAAUGAUGGGUCUAUUUAUCAACCAGUCAAUUUUAAGAGUGAAGAUACAAGGCCUGAUAGCAGCCACGAGUCUGAUCUUGCUGAGGUCCUGAACGCAUUCAGAUCAAAUCUGAGGAGGACGUUUGAGUGUUUGUAUGAGGUAACAUCAAAUAAGCGAAACCCAACACCACUGAAUGAGAUCUACACAGAGCUGUACAUCACAGAGAGUGAAAGUGGAGAGAUCAGUAAUGAACAUGAGGUGAGACAGAUUGAGACAAAAUCCAGAAGAACAACAACAAAGGAGACACCAAUCAAAUGUAAUGACAUCUUUAAACCUUUACCUGAACAACACAAACACAUCAGAAGUGUGCUGACAAAGGGAGUCGCUGGCAUUGGAAAAACAGUCUCUGUACAGAAGUUCAUUCUGGACUGGGCUGAAGAGAAAGAGAAUCAGGACGUCCACCUCAUAUUUCCACUUCCUUUCAGAGAGAUCAAUUUGAUGAAGGACAAAACACUAAGUCUUUUAGAUCUUCUUCAUCAUUUCUUUCCACAAACAAAAGAAAUGAAAAUCUUCAGUGAUGAAUAUAAAGUGUUGUUCAUCUUUGAUGGUUUGGAUGAGUGUCGUCUGUCUCUGGAUUUUAACAGCAAUGUGAGGUUGUGUGAUGUAAGUGAAUCAACAUCAGUGGACGUGAUGCUGACAAACCUCAUCAAGGGGAAUCUGUUUCCCUCUUCUCUCAUCUGGAUCACCUCCAGACCAGCAGCAGCUGAUCUCAUCCCCUCUGAGUGUGUUGAUCGAGUCACAGAGGUACGAGGCUUCACUGAUCCACAGAAGGAGGAAUACUUCAGGAAGAGAAUCAGUGAUGAGAGUCUGUCUGAUCAAAUCAUCUCACACCUGAAGUCAUCCAGGAGUCUCUACAUCAUGUGUCACAUCCCAGUCUUCUGCUGGAUUUCAGUCACUGUUCUAGAGAGAAUGUUGAGUGAAGCAGAGAGAAGAGAGAUCCCCAAGACUCUCACUCAAAUGUAUACACACUUCCUGAUCAUUCAGACAAACAUCAAACAUCAGAAGGACUAUGAGAAGAAAGAUGAAGACAUGAUCUUUAAACUGGGUAAACUAGCUUUUGAGCAGCUUGUGAAAGGCAAUCUGAUCUUCUAUGAUGAAGACCUGAGAGAGUGUGGUAUUGAUGUAAAAGAAGCCUCAGUGUACUCAGGAUUGUGUACUCAGAUCUUCAGAGAGGAGUUUGGUUUGUAUCAGGGGAAAGUUUACUGCUUUGUUCAUCUCAGCAUCCAGGAACAUCUAGCAGCUCUUUAUGCUCACAUCUCCUUCACAAACAACAACAUAAAUGUGUUUAAAUCAAGUUGGUUUUCUAAAAUUAAGGAAAUAGUGAAACAUAAAUCAUCAGAAGAGGAUUCAUUAUCUGAGUUACAUGAGCGAGCUGUAGAUGAAUCUUUACAGAGUAAAAAUGGACAUCUGGAUCUUUUCCUGCGUUUUCUUCUGGGUCUUUCACUGGAGUCCAAUCAGAUUCUCUUACAGGAUCUACUGACACAGAUGAGAAGAUGCUCCUACAAGAAAGAGAAAACUGUUAAGUACAUUAAAGAGAAGAUGAAUGAGAAUCUGUCUCAUGAGAAAUCCAUCAAUCUGAUUCACUGUCUGAAUGAACUGGGUGAUGAUUCACUGCUGCAGGAGAUUCAAUGUUAUCUGAGAUCUGCUUCAGUAGGAAACACCAAACUCUCCUCUUCACAGUGGGCAGCUUUAGUUUUUGUGUUGUUGACAUCUGAGCAGCAUUUGGAUGAACUUGAUCUAAAUAAAUUUAUUGGAGAUAAAAAUACAGCAGAUGAAGUUCUUGUGAAACUGCAGCCUGUGAUUAAAGAAACCAAAAAACUACAGCUAUGUAUGUGUAAUAUCACAGCUAAAGGUUGCGCUGCUCUGACUUCAGCUCUGAGAUCAAACCCUUCACACCUGGCACAUCUGAAUCUGUCUGAGAAUGAACUAAGAGAUUCAGGAGUGAAGCUGAUCUCUGAUGUACUGAAGAAUCCUGAAUGUAAACUGAAGAAACUGGAGUUGAGGAAUUGCAAUAUCACAGAUGAAGGUUGUGUUGCUCUGACUUCAGCUCUGAGAUCAAACCCAUCACACCUGACACAUCUGAAUCUGUCUCGUAAUAAACUAAGAGAUUCAGGAGUGAAGCUUAUUUCUGAUGUACUGAAGAAUCCUGACUGUAAACUGGAGAUACUGAAGUUGUGGGGUUUUUAUAUCGCAGCUGAAAGUCAUGCUGCCCUGACUUCAAACCCCUUUCAUGUCACAAGACUGAAUGAUAUUAAUGUAGGAGAUUCAGGAUUGAAGCUGAUCUCUGAUGUACUGAAGAAUCCUGACUGUAAACUGAAGAUACUGAAGUUGUGGAGUUGUAAUAUCACAUAUGAUGGUUGUGUUGCUCUGACUUCAGCUCUGAGAUCAAACCCAUCACACCUGACACAUCUGGAUCUGUCAUUUAAUUAUAAUCUAAGAGAUUCAGGAGUGAAGCUGAUCUCUGAUGUAAUGAAGAAUCCUGACUGUAAACUGAAGAUACUGAAGUUAUGUGAUUGUAAUAUCACAGAUAGAGGUUGUAUUUCUCUGACUUCAGCUCUGAGAUCAAACCCAUCACACCUGACAUAUCUGAAUCUGUCUAAUAGUAAUCUAAGAGAUUCAGGAGUGAAGCUGAUCUCUGAUGUACUGAAGAAUCCUGACUGUAAACUGGAGAUACUGGAGUUGAGGAGAUGUAAUAUCACAGAUAAAGGUUGUGUUGCUCUGACUUCGGCUCUGAGAUCGAACCCAUCACACCUGAGAGAUCUGAAUCUGACCUGGAAUAAACUCACAGACUCAGGAGUGAAGUUGAUCUCUGAUCUUAAAGAUGAUCCACAUUAUAAACUAGAGACAGUACGGCCUUACAGACGACAGUAA